AUGACGACUUCCGCCGGCUCCUACGCGCCCGUCGACGCCGCCGCCCCCACAUCCCAACCCAAAAAGGUGGCCUACUUCUACGACAGCGACGUGGGGAACUAUGCCUACAACGCCGGCCACCCAAUGAAGCCCCACCGCAUUCGCAUGGCCCACAGCUUGAUUAUGAACUACGGCCUGUACAAACACCUCGAGAUCUACCGCGCCAAGCCCGCCUCCAAAUUCGAAAUGACGCAGUUCCACACCGACGAGUAUGUGGAUUUCCUGCAAAAGGUCACACCGGACAAUAUGGACAGUUUUGCCAAGGAGCAGGGCAAGUAUAAUGUUGGUGACGACUGUCCGGUGUUUGAUGGGCUGUUUGAGUUUUGUGGGAUCAGUGCUGGAGGGAGUAUGGAAGGAGCGGCGAGGUUGAACAGGGGCAAGUGCGAUGUGGCUGUCAAUUGGGCGGGAGGGCUCCACCAUGCCAAGAAGAGUGAGGCGAGUGGGUUCUGUUAUAUCAACGACAUCGUCCUCGGCAUAAUCGAACUCCUACGCUUCCACCCCCGCGUCCUCUACAUCGACAUCGACGUCCACCACGGCGACGGCGUGGAAGAAGCCUUCUACACCACCGACCGCGUCAUGACCGUCUCCUUCCACAAAUACGGCGAGUACUUUCCCGGAACCGGCGAGCUUAGGGAUAUCGGGGUGGGGAACGGGAAGCACUACGCCGUCAACUUCCCUCUUAGAGAUGGGGUGGAUGACAAGAGCUAUAAAGGUGUUUUCGAGCCCGUGAUAGGCUGGGUGAUGGAGUUCUACAAGCCGAGUGCGGUCGUGCUGCAGUGUGGAGGGGAUUCUUUGAGUGGAGAUCGCUUGGGCUGCUUUAAUCUGAGCAUGCGCGGCCACGCCAACUGCGUCAACUUCGUCAAGUCCUUCAACCUGCCCACACUCAUCCUCGGCGGAGGCGGCUACACAAUGCGGAAUGUAGCCCGAACCUGGGCCUACGAGACCGGUCGACUGGUAGGAGUUGAGAUGGGCUCCGAGCUUCCUUUCACAGAUUACUACGAAUACUACUCGCCCGACUUCGAACUCGACGUCCGACCAAGCAACAUGGACAACGCUAACAGUCCCGGCUACCUCGAGAAGAUUAAAGAACAGGUCUACGCCAAUCUCCGCCAAACACAAGCAGUUCCCAGCGUGCAGAUGACGGAUGCGCCACGACAUGCCAUGGGUCAAGAUGAGACGCUGGAUGAGGCCGAGGGGAGACUAGAUGACGAAGAAGCAGAUCUGGAGAAGAGCAAAGAUCGGCGGCGGACGCAACGGGAGUGGGAUCGUCAGACGGCGGGGCAGGAUUUUCUAGAUGAUGAAAGUGAGGACGAGGAGAUGGCGGAGGCAAUUGGGGUGAAACCGCAGCCUGGGGUUGACUUUCCGCGGAGACGCGGUAUUAUGGAUUCGUUGAACCCACAUGCACCACAGGAUGACAGUGGGGCAGGCACGCCGAUGGACGACGACGCGAGAAGUCUAGAUGACGGCAUGGACGAGGAUGAGGAGGAAGUUGUGAUGCCUCCAGGCUCUACAGGAGGAGCCACUGGCAUGUCUCUCGAUGGAGCAGCAGAUAAUACCAGCAAUGGCGAGACCGAGGGUCUAGAAGCUCUGGUGGCACUCAAAGGCACAACUGGCGCGACUACUGGCACGAUGAAUGGACACAGCAACGGUUCUGCAGCUGACAGAGGAGAAAACGGCGACAAACAGCCCAAACUCGAACCCGACACCGAAUCCUCCACUCUCCUACCCCGCCCACCCACCGGUGAAGCCGGCGCAGAGCAAACAGGUGACAUGGAAAUCGACGAACCAACCUCCGCGCUCUCCCAAGCCACCGCACCGCCGCAUGUCUCUACAACCGCCUUAUCCGCAGCGGCUGCUGCUGGGACGGUCCUUAGUAAAGUGGAGCUGACGGAUCUCGAGGUCCAGGCUGAGCGGGACGCGGGGAGGAGCGAGAGGAGGGAGGGGGAUGAAGAGGGGGAGGCGGCGGCGGAGAUUGCGGAGGGGAGGGUGCCUGUUGCCUGA